CUGUGGUGACUGGAAAAGAAUGCCGUCCCAAUUCUAGCCGAGUUGUUCCGGUAGUGUUAAUUUCAACAUGGUUGUGUCGUGAUCCUGCGUGAGUAAAUAUUGUAUUUAUGGUCGGUAGGAUUGCCCAAGGCAACACAAAACGGAUUGGGCUAAAAGGAAUUAGCCUUGUCAAAAGAGUUGUUCGAUGAGUCCAAACAUGAGAACAGUGAUGUAGAAUGGCAGAAGCGACUCAAUCACCCAACAUACCUGCUAAAUCCAAAAUGGACGAUUCAAACGCAAAGAUAGGCCUGUCGCCAUCUUUUUUAACCGCCCCGACAGUUACGCCACCUGAUAAGAAGAAAUAUAGUCUGAAUAAAGAUCGAACGAUGAAAAAGAUACACGAGGCUGCCAGCAGACAAUUGAAUGUGAAGUUGGAACAUAAACAAGGCAAGGUUGUCAUGGAACUAUCGGCAUCAGCAUUUACUAAUAUGACAAGAGCCCUGGAGCCCUAUUACCGCCAAAACGGCUAUGGAGUUUCCGAUAAUUUUCAAUAUGAUAACCAGGAUAUUCUAGUGGAAACCAAUUUAUUCAUUAAGAAUUUAGAGACAAAGAAGAAGUUAUUGACCUUCUGUAUGUACCACACGACCUGUCGUAUUUUGAUUUCGGGAGCUUUAACUGGUGACUUUCUUAAUGAACACGUUAAAGACAUUGUGAAAUCUCUGGACAGCGAAUUACAAUUAAAUGAACUUAAUAAAGAAAUCCAAAGAAUAUGUUUAGACAAACAGGCGCAAAAAUCCUCUCCAAAAGACAAAUCUACACCAGAGUGUAAGCCAGGAAUAUCUCUUCAGACAUCCCUAGAAGAUUGGAUCAGUGGUCUGCCAGAUGAUAAAAAAUAUGAAGUCAUAUCGGAACAGAAGCUGAGUACGCUUGUUGGGUUUAUUGGAACCAAUUGGGAGUCCAUAGUUUUACACUUGGGUUACAGUGAAGCUCAAAUAAACCAAGCCACCAUGAAACAUCCCCAUAAUCCCCACAUGCAGAUUUUUACUGCUCUAAAUAAAUGGCGACAGAGGGAAGCCAGUAAGGCAACGUUUAUAGUUUUGAUGACAGCCUUGAAGGAAUGUACUGUAGCCACGAUUGACUGGGAUAGGAUUAAAACGUAUGUAAAUGAAAUAAGUUAUUAAUGUCACUGAAUUUCCCAAAUAAAAUAUGACCAGGACGAUAUGAAUUUUACAUGCUUAUUGUAGUUGAAAAUUUAUUUUAAACAAUAUAUGUACAGUGUUUUGCAAAGAGUUGACAGCGGGUGUGUGGUUGGUGAUCGAGGCCCGGAGGACGGCCCUGAGCAUCUACUAUAGGGGGCUUCUAAUUAGAGAGUGAAAUCAAAUUGUUGUUUUUUUUUUCUAAAUUAUCGCUGCUAAAUUUAUUGAUUUUAUCUGUUCUUUCUCACAAUUCUGAGUGCUAGGCCCAAUAUUUGAGUCUUGGGGGCAAACAAUUAAGGAGCUCAUGACCCUAUAUUUGAGUCUUGGGGCCAUACAAAAAAGGAUCUGGGCCUAUAUUUGAGACUUAGGGCCAUAUAAUCAAGGAGCUGGGCCUAUAUCUCAACCUCAGGGCUAUAUAUUCAAGGAGUAAGCCAAAUCUCUGCACGAUAAAGUACACGUAAUCUUUGAUUUAUCGUUCUUGAAUCCUUAUUCAUUGUUUGUGUUUUGAGUAUUAAAAUAGUUUAAAGUUGUCA